CCGGUUUAUCAUAUUUUUUAGAAAGUUAAUAAUGUCGUUUAAGGUUGGGGGUGUGCCCCCGAAUAGCAAUUCUGACAACAUGUAUCGUGUUGGUGAUUACGUUUACUUCGAGAACUCAGCAUCAGGCACAUACGCCGUUAGACGGAUCGAAGAGUUAAACAAAACAGCUAACGGAAAUGUGGAGGCCCGACUGAUGUGCUUUUACCGCAGAUCUGAGGUACCGGCCAGCUUAGUUCAUCUAGCAGAUAAACAUCACUGGGCUGAAGUUGAUGUAGAGCCGGAUAGUGAUGAUGAGGAUGCCGGGCCCCAGGAGGAGAGCGAAAGGGCGAAGCACAAGCAGAGGGAGCUCUUCCUCUCUAGGCAGAUAGAAACCCUGCCGGCAACCCUUAUUCGGGGGAAGUGCUCCGUGACCCUGUUGUCCGAAGUGGAGGAGGUCUCCAGCUACCUGAACAGGGACGAUGCGUUCUUCUAUUCCCUCGUCUAUGAUCCUCAUCAGAAAACACUUCUGGCAGACCGAGGUUCCAUCAGGAUUGGUUCUGAGUUCCAAGCUCCAAUUCCUCCCCUCCAGAAAUCAGACGAGACAGAAUCCCCCGAUGUCGAAGUAGAGGAGGAGAUGCUCUGGAACCCGUACAACAACAUCAAGGAGGACGAGAUCAAUCAGUUCAUCAUCAUUGCUCGAUCUGUUGGAACGUUUGCCCGAGCUCUGGACUGUAGUUCCAGCGUGAAGCAACCGUCUCUGCAUAUGUCAGCCGCUGCUGCAAGUAGAGAUAUUACGGUCUUUCACGCUUACCAGGCUCUGCACGCUCAUAACUACGAUCUAGCCGCAGCACUCUCAAGUCUGGUCCCUACUACUGGCCCAGUGCUUUGUCGUGAUGAGAUGGAGGACUGGAGUAGCGCGGAGGCAAAUCUGUUCGAGGAAGCCAUCGAGAAGUAUGGAAAGGAUUUCAACGACAUCAAGCGGGAUUUCCUGCCCUGGAAGUCUAUGAAAAACAUUAUUGAAUACUUCUUCAUGUGGAAAACCACUGACAGAUACGUUCAGCAGAAGAGGAUAAAGGCUUUAGAGAGUGAGAAUAAGUUGAAGCAGGUUUAUGUGCCGGCCUACUCCAGGAAGAGUACCAGGGUUACAGGACCCCAGGGGGAGGUUAUGGUCCUAGGACGUGACUGUGACGCGUAUCCUAACAUGACAAAAUAUUCUUGGAGCCAAUACAAGAAAUUCGGAAGAUUUGUCCCUGCUGUAACUACAGAGGAUUGUUUCAUUAUUGACCGCAGUCUUAACUCUUCAAAGCUUAGUCAGCAUAGACCUGGACUCAUCAUUGAACCAGGAAGUCCAUCGAAGGGAGGAAAGACCCGUGCUGCAUUCUUCCUCCGUUCGUCUCCGCUUAUGCGCGCUUCUAGGAGAGUGAACGGACACACAGCUAAGCUCAGACACCAUGCAAGGAAACCCCAGGAGCUGGUUGAUAUAAAGGGACUACGUACAGUGUCUCUUCCUCUGCUGGCUGGUGUAGAAAGGGUCAAACUACUCAACUCAUUUAAGGUGAGAACUCGAGCUCCGAUGUCUGAGAUCUGCACUAGGUUGGGACAAACAGAUCACAGUGAGCAGGAUUGGUUGGUUCUCAGCAAAGUUAAACCUCCUCCUCCUCACAAGGAAUUCUUCCCACGUCCUCCGAAGCGCACUGACGGUAGCUACGUGUACGACCGUAUACCAAGCUUGGCUCCUGAACCCGUUCCUGCCAGCAGGCAUCAGAUGCUCUACAAGAAGAGACCGUAUGAGGAGAAACCUGUAGACACACCAUCGUCUAAACCGGUUAGAACCGGAACCCAGACCAGAACCUACAGCGUAAAUCAGGUUGCUCCUAAGGGUAAGUUUGCUACGAUGGCCCGAGUAUCCGGGGGGCAGAAAACCGUUAUCAGUUGGCAGGAUGCACCCGAUGAUCUCUUCUACAGAGCUUCAAAGGAAAUAAAGAAGGUCCGCAAGCAGCUCUCUGUACCAAAGCUAAGGAAAGCUGCAAGGAAACCGUUCAGAAAAAUAUUAUGAAAACCUGAUCCUCUAUGAGUAUCUGUAUAAUGAACCGUGAACCACUGAACCUGGAAGAAUCGUAUAAAUAACCACAUACUUUCCAUCGCACAAAUUGAUUUUAAGAAGUCUAUUGUUUAAGGAAUUCUUGACGAGCAGUAUUAUCUUGUUUUAGUUCUAAUGAACUUUCUCAAUAUUUUUAGCUUUUGAUUUAUGAUCUUAAAUCCCACUUAAAGUUAAACUAUUAACCAUAAUUUUAUAAUAAGAUAUAAUUAGUAAGGCACCAUCAACAAUUUUAGUAAAACUGAUAUAGUGUUUUUUUAUAGAAUCAAGGUAAAGAAAUCAUUUUCUAUUUUAUUUUAGUUAAAGUUUGACAGAGCUGGGAACUUUUGAAUGUUUUCAGCUCAGCAAGCAUUUUUAACAAUUUUCAAGGGGAUUGUUCAGUGUUAACCUGUUUGAAAAAUUUAUAAAAUGUUCCAUAGUUUGGGAUAAUUACGGCCCUUGAGGAUAUCUUAGUAACUGUCGUAGUUCUGUCCUUUUUUUAAAAUUUGAUUAUUGUGUUUCCAUAAUUUUAAUCAGCUUAACAAUUUCAAGUGAUCCUCCGCCUGUCUGAUUCACUAUGGUACCCUUUAUACCUCUAUCCGAGUUUAAAUCAGGAAAAUAUUAUCAUUUUUAGAUCUUAAAACGUGUUGAGUUCUGACUUAAGUCAUGUUUUAGAAUACAUUUCUAGAGAUAAAUAAAGGAUAUCUCAUUCAUCCUUGAUAAAGUUUUAAAAGGUAAUACUAUUGUGCAUCGGGAUUUUCAGUUUAAAAAUAUUGGGUUACUUUAAAUGACGUCCACACUCCACAGUCCCUUUUAAGAACUUUUUGUUUCUUGUUUCCGAUGUACCGUCGAAUACUUGUACCUUGUACCGUUCAAUUAGUUGUAAAAGUUAUUGCUGUACGUAAUUAUAUUUCUUGCCAGUACUGUACAUUACUUUAAUCUAUAUUUCAGAA